AUGCCCCGCCUGCCCCUCGCCCCCCUCGGCCCCCUCGGCCCCCUCGGCCCCCUCGCCCCCCUCGGCCCCCUCGCCCCCCUCGGCCCCCUCCGCCCCCUCCGCCGCCCCAUCACCGUCCACGCACCACCAGACUAUUCAGGACAGGCCAUCAUCACCCAGCCCCCCUCGGACUCGUCAGACCACCCACACUACCAAGACACCCCAGGCCUCGUCGCUUCCACCUCUCUCCCAGCACCCCCGCAAAGCCCCAGAUUCACCCCCCGCCAUCUGCAGCACCCCUUUGACACCCAUGCGUUUGUGAGCUACCUCGAGAAGAAUGGGCUCGAUAGACCGACAGCGAGGGAUUUGAUGGAGAGUGUGAAGGACAUGAUUAUCAAGAGGGGUAAGCAGACGAGGGGGAUGAUGGUCGGGAAGGAGGAGCAGGAGAAUGCUGCAUACCUCUUUAACGCUGCAUUGUCAGAACUACGGACGGAGCUCAGCGUCCAGACGCGAAAUGAUGGACUGGCAUUGAAAGCUGUUGCUGCAACCAUCCGGCGUGACGUGGAGGGCUUGGAGCAAAAGAUCAAGGAGGAUAUCCAGACGCUGAAACACGAUAUUGAGAUGGAUAUGAACAACCGGAAAGCAGAGACCAGGACAGAGAUGAAGGGGUUUGACAUCUAUAUCGAGGAAAUCAACAACAAGUUUACCAUUUCAUUGGGAGACUUGCGCACAGAGAUCGAAAGUGUCAAAUGGGAUGCCACUAGGCGAGCUAUCUCGGUCAUCAUCCUCAUCGUAGUUGCCACUAUCGGCUCCGUCACCUACUUUACCGUUGAACCUCCCCCCGCCAAAGCCAAGCUCGCCGCGCCUGCAAAGCCUGCGCCUGUCGUGAAGGAUAUGGGUGUUGGCACGUACGAAGAGUUUAUCGAUGAUGUUCCGACGUAUACGGAGGAAAGGCUGGAUAAGCUGUUACAGGAGCAGGGGCUGGAAGUGGACAAGCUGAACAAGGAGAAGAAGGAGAAGAAGGAAGCGAAGAAGAGGAGUAAGGAGGGGGUGUAUGUGGAUAGAAUAUAG